AUGGCUGUUGCGGGGACCAGCGUGGCCCUCCCGCAGUUUCUAAAGAAUAUAGAACUGAUAAAACAGGGUGCAGAAGCUCGUGUAUAUCAGGGGUCGUUUUUGGGCAAGCCAACCAUUGUAAAAGAAAGGUUUCCGAAAUUGUAUAGACACCCGUUGUUGGAUGAAAAACUCACACAUCGCAGAACCGUGCAAGAGGUGCGCUCAAUACUUCGCUGUCGAAAAGCUGGUGAGUAGCGUUAACCCUAGAUAUAGCUGAGGAAAGCUCAUCUCCGUACUCUUAUAUCAAUGCGGAGUUGAGUAUUGAUAACUGGUCGCGCGAAAUUCAUACUUUUAAUAAAAACGUAUCAUAUACAUUUGUGUUACUCAACUGGAGGCGUAGCGGCCUAGAGGUACGCUUCAUGUCCACCAGAUGCAUUGCUUUCCGUCGGAAGUCAUUCUUUGGCAAUGGAGCAGUCCGCAACGCUACGAUGGGGGUGCUGCGGUGCGUUCUGUGUACCGCAUGCAUUCAAUAUUUUCAACUCGUGCGUUGCUUUACCUUGCGGUGGUACAAACGAAAGUACACAUACAGACUUCAACUUGCUAGCUUUUAGCCAAUGAUUUUUUAAAUAACUAACCCAAGAUAGACCUAGACCAGAGGCUGUGGUUUCAAAUUGGAGUAAGUUAAUCAUAAUGGGCAGAACCAAGCACGUGUUAGUGAGAUCCUAUUGGCGCAUUCUAGCAUUCAGUUGCAUAUUUCCGUUAUGGAAUGUCUGAAGUGCGUGUGCAGUAACUCAAUUCGACCUUGCACUCCUAAACAAUGCCAUUUCUUAACUUUUGCAAAUGGUAAAGUAUUGGAGAUCGUAGUUUUGGAAACAGAAAAAUGUAUGGACAUCAAAUGUUUCAUCAAUGACGAAAUUAGCAGAAUGUCAACCAAAGUCCAUCUUCCACUGCCUUACCACUGGGCGCUUCACAUUUAGCCUAUACAGUGCAUUCGGAAAGUACCCCUUCCCUUUUUCCACAUUUUGUUACAUUACAGCCUUAUUCUAAAAUUGAUUAAAUUACAUGUUUUCCUCAUCAAUCUACACACAAUACCUCAUAAUGACAAAGCGAAAACAGGUUUUCAGACAUUUUUUGCAAAUGUAUUAAAAAUAAAAAACAAAAACCUUAUUUACAUAAGUAUUCAGACCCUUUGCUAUGAGACUCGAAAUUGAGCUCAGCUGCAUCCUCUUUCCAUUGAUCAUCCUUGAGAUGUUUCUACAACUUGGAGUCCACCUGUGGGACAUUCAAUUGAUUGGACAUGAUUUCGAAAGGCACACACCUGUCUAUAUAAGGUCCAACAGUUGUCAGAGCAAAAACCAAGCCAGGUCGAAGGGAAUUGUCCGUAAAGCGCCGAGAACGGAUUGUGGCGAGGCACAGAUCUGGAGAAGGGUACCAAAACAUUUCUGCAGCAUUGAAGGUCCCCAAGAACACUGGCCUCCAUCAUUCUUAAAUGGAAGAAGUUUGGAACCACCAAGACUCUUCUUAGAGCUGGCCACCCGGCCAAACUGAGCAAUCAUGGGAGAAGGGCCUUGGCCAGGGAGGUGACCAAGAACCUGAUGGUCACUCUGACAGAGCUCCAGAGUUCUUCUUUGGAGAUGGGAGAACCUUCCAGGAGGACAACCAUCUCUGCAACACUCCACCAAUCAGGGCUUUAUGGUACAGUGGCCAGACGGAAGCCACUCUUCAGUAAAAGGCACAUGACAGCCCGCUUGGAGUUUGCCAAAAUGCACCUAAAGGACUCUCAGACCAUGAGAAACAAGAUUCUCUGGUCUGAUGAAACCAAGAUUGACCUCUUUGGCCUGAUUGCCAAGCGUCACGUCUGGAGGAAACCUGGCACCAUUCCUACGGUGAAGCAUGGUGGUGGCAGCAUCAUGCUGUGGGGAUGUUUUUCAGCGGCAGAGACUGGGAGACUAGUCAGGAUCGAGGGAAGAUGAGCGGCACAAACUACAGAGAGAUCCUUGAUGAAAACCUGCUCCAGAGCGCUCAGGACCUCAGACUGGGGCUAAGGUUCACCUUCCAACAGGACAACGAUUCUAAGCACACAGCCAAGACAGCGCAGGAGUGGCUUCGGGACAAGUCUCUGAAUGUCCUUGAGUGGCCAAGCCUGAGCCCAGACUUGAACUUGAUCAACCAUCUCCAGAGAGCCCUGAAAAUAGCUGUGCAGCGACACUCCCCAUCCAACCUUGACAGAGCUUGAGAGGAUCUGCAGAGAAGAAUGGGAGAAACUCCCCAAAUACAGGUGUGCCAAGCUUGUGACGUCAUACCCAAGAAGACUUAAGGCCUUAAUCGCUGCCGAAGGUGCUUCAACAUAGUACUGAGUAAAGGGUCUGAAUACUUAUGUAAAUGUGAUACUUCUGUUUUUUUCUCCCCAAUUUUGAUCUUGUCUCAUCGCUAAAACUCCCCAACGGGCUUCGGAGAGGCGAAGGUCGAGUCAUGCAUCCUCGCUAAAACAUGACACGCUAAAACCGCGCUUCUUAACACCCGCCUGCUUAACCCGGCAGCACCAAUGUAUCAGAGGAAACACAGUUCAACUGAUGACCGAAGUCAGCCUGCAGGCGCCCAGCCCGCUACAAGGAGUCGCUAGAGCGCAAUGAGCCAAGUAAAGCCCCCCGACCGAACCCUCCCCUAACCCAGACGACCCUGGGCCAAACCCUCCCCUAACCCGGACGACGUUGGGCCAAUUAUGCGGCACCCUAUGGUACUCCCGAUCACGGCCGGUUGUGACACAGCCUGGGAUCGAACCCGGGUCUGUAGUGACGCCUCAAGCACUGCGAUGCAGUGCCUUAGACCGCUGCGCCACUCGGGAGGCCCCUUUUUAAAAAAUUUAAUAUUUUUUAUAAAUUAGCAAAUAUGUCACCCUGAUUUUUGCUUUGUCACUAUGGGGUGUUGUGUGUAGAUGAGGAUAUGUAAAAAUAUAAAUUAAACUUUUACAAUAAGGCUGUAACGUAACAAAAUCUGGAAAAAGUGAAGGGGUCUGAAUACUUUCCAAAUGCACUGUACAUCUGGUGAAAUAUCUGGCUCAUUGUUCUAUGUUUUAGCUAGUUGAAAAGUGAAGCACAUAUACGGAUAAGGCGGGCUAGACAUCCAGCAAAACCAGUGGUGGAAAAAGUACCCAAUUGUCAUACUUGAGUGAAAGUAAAGAUACUUUAAUAGAAAAUGACUCAAGUGAAAGUCACCCAAUAAAAUACUACUUGAGUACAAGUCUAAAAGUAUUUGGUUUUAAAUGUACUUAAGUAUCAAAAGUAAAUGUAAAUGCUCAAAUAUACUUAAGUAUCAAAAUAAAUCAUUUAAAAUUCCUUUAUAUUAAGCAAACCAGACAGAACCUUAUUUUUUUCGGAUAGCCAGGGACACACUCCAACACUCAGACAUAAUUUACAAAUGAAGCAUGUGUGUUUAGUGAGUCCGCCUGAUCAGGCAGUAGGGAUGACCAGGGAUGUUCUCUUGAUAAGUGCUUGAAUUGCACCAUUUUCCUGUCCUACUAAGCAUUCAAAAUGGAACAAGUACUUUUGGGUGUCACGGAAAAUGUAUGGAGUAAAAAUAACAAUUUUCUUUAGGAAUGUAGUGGAGUUAAAAGUAAAAGUUGUCAAAAAUAUAAAUAGUACAGAUACCCCCCAAAAACAGCUUAAGCAGUACUUUCAAGUAUUUUUACUUAAGUACUUUAAACCACUGGGCAAAACAAAACGCAUAUGCAUCUGGUGGACAUCGGGCAAUAAGCCAAGAUUCAAUUGGCACAAGCACAUUCACACUGAGUUGAGCAACACAAAUGAGGAAAACGUUGGUUGUGGUAUUGGAUAACGUUUUAUUUAAAGUAUGAAUUUCACCACCCAGCAGAAGGACCGCAGUUGUACAGGACAAACGUAGGUACAGGUAAGCGUUUUCAGGAUUUUAAUUUUUUUGCUAGCAAAUCGCGUGCCCAUUUAUCAAUACUCAACUCCACCUCAUUUUCGAACGCAUUUUAAAGCUGCAAUAUGUAACCUUUUGUGAGACCUGACCAAAUUCACAUAGAAAUGUGUGUUAUAUCUGUCAUUCUCAUUGAAAGCAAGUCUAAGAAGCAGUAGAUCAGUUCUAUGUGUGCUAUUUCAAUGCUUUCCAUUCUUACGUUUAAUUUGCUUCUUUUUUGUUUGGUUUUGUACACCAGAUAAACAUACAAUAAUUUAGGUUAUGGAAAAUAUAUUUCACAGCGGUUUAAAUGGUACAAUGAUCCUCUACACUAGACUUGUUUGUUUUGUCACAAACUGAAAUUAGGCUAACUAUUAGAAUUUGAGUAACCAGGAAAUGGCAGAGCGAUUUUUGCAUAGUGCGUAUUUAAAACACAGAAGCCAAAUGGGGAAACUAUGGAUACAUCUUCCUGCUCGAACAUUAUCAUAAUUCAUAUGUGCUCCACUAGAAAUCCCUGCAUUAGCAUGUUUCUGUUAGCUGAUACAUCUUGACCAAAUACACCAUAUUACUGGCCUGCUAAAGUGCCUGGACCUUGUAGGCUAAACUGCAGAGGAUAGACCCAUAACUGAUCCAAAUGCUUUGUAGACUUGUUUACAUGAAUAUGCUUCUUAAUAAAACCUAUUUGAAACAAGCCAUUACACUUCGUUAUUAUCAUUUUUAUAUUGACAACAUUAAUGGAGUCAAAAUAAAGAUAUGCCUUCCUUGUAUGUUGGCCUUUCUGCAUAUAUACAGUGGGGAGAACAAGUAUUUGAUACACUGCCGAUUUUGCAGGUUUUCCUACUUACAAAGCAUGUAGAGGUCUGUAAUUUGUAUCAUAGGUACACUUGAACUGUGAGAGCCGGAAUCUAAAACAAAAAUCCAGAAAAUCACAUUGUAUGAUUUCUAAGUAAUUAAUUUGCAUUUUAUUGCAUGACAUAAGUAUUUGAUCACCUACCAACCAGUAAGAAUUCCGGCUCUCACAGACCUGUACGUUUUUCUUUAAGAAGUCCUCCUGUUCUCCACUCAUUACCUGUAUUAACUGCACCUGUUUGAACUCGUUACCUGUAUAAAAGACACCUGUCCACACACUCAAUCAAACAGACUCCAACCUCUCCACAAUGGCCAAGACCAGAGAGCUGUGUAAGGACAUCAGGGAUAAAAUUGUAGACUUGCACAAGGCUGGGAUGGGCUACAGGACAAUAGGCAAGCAGCUUGGUGAGAAGGCAACAACUGUUGGCGCAAUUAUUAGAAAAUUGAAGAAGUUCAAGAUGACGGUCAAUCACUCUCGGUCUGGGGCUCCAUGCAAGAUCUCACCUCGUGGGGCAUCAAUGAUCAUGAGGAAGGUGAGGGAUCAGCCCAGAACUACACGGCAGGACCUGGUCAAUGACCUGAAAAGAGCUGGGACUACAGUCUCAAAGAAAACCAUUAGUAACACACUACGCCGUCAUGGAUUAAAAUCCUGUAACGCACGCAAGGUCCCCCUGCUCAUGCCAGCGCAUGUCCAGGCCCGUCUGAAGUUUGCCAAUGACCAUCUGGACGAUCCAGAGGAGGAAUGGGAGAAAGUCAUGUGGUCUGAUGAGACAAAAAUAGAGCUUUUUGGUCUAAACUCCACUCGCCUUGUUUGGAGGAAGAAGAAGGAUGAGAACAACCCCAAGAACACCAUCCCAACCGUGAAGCAUGGAGGUGGAAACAUAAUUCUUUGGGGAUGCUUUUCUGCAAAGGGGACAGGACGACUGCACCGUAUUGAGGGGGGGAUGGAUGGGGCCAUGUAACGCGAGAUCUUGGCCAACAACCUCCUUCCCUCAGUAAGAGCAUUGAAGAUGGGUCAUGGCUGGGUCAUCCAGCAUGACAACGACCCGAAACACACAGCCAGGGCAACUAAGGAGUGGCUCCGUAAGAAGCAUCUCAAGGUCCUGGAGUGGCCUAGCCAGUCUCCAGACCUGAACCCAAUAGAAAAUCUUUGGAGGGAGCUGAAAGUCCGUAUUGCCCAGCGACAGCCCCGAAACCUGAAGGAUCUGGAGAAGGUCUAUAUGGAGGAGUGGGCCGAAAUCCCUGCUGCAGUGUGUGCAAACCUGGUCAAGACCUACAGGAAACGUAUGAUCUCUGUAAUUGCAAACAAAGGUUUCUGUACCAAAUAUUAAGUUCUGCUUUUCUGAUGUAUCAAAUACUUAUGUCAUGCAAUAAAAUGCAAAUUAAUUACUUAAAAAUCAUACAAUGUGAUUUUUUGGAUUUUUGUUUUAGAUUCCGUCUCUCACAGUUCAAGUGUACCUAUGAUAAAACAUUACAGACCUCAACAUGCUUUGUAAGUAGGGAAACCUGCAAAAUCGUCAGUGUAUCAAAUACUUGUUUUCCCCACUGUAGCCUACUGUUAAGGACCUUAUCUGUUCAGAGGUACAGGAAACUGUCUCUGGCAGCCAAAACUGACAAAUACUCCAUUAAACCUGAAUUGAUUCUCAAUUGUGAUACGGUUCUAGAAACAUAAAACCCUCUACUUUCAUAUCACAUCAAAAUCAUUUUUAAAAUGCUAAACAUAUGCUUACUAUAGUGUACACUGUUUUAACACAGUUGCAGCUGACCGUAUUUCUCAGUUACAACACUUUUCUGGCAUCUUUCCUUUACACAUAGAUGUUCGGAGAAGCUAAUGUUAGAUAGCUAAUUAAACGUUAGAUAACGUAGCUAAUUAGAACAGGUAAUCUCCUUUCUCUUGGCCUUGUGGGGGUCGUGUUAAAAGGAUGUAGUAAUUUUACCUUUUUGGUUUUAUGACAAUUAUUUCUCGAUUUAUAUGAAAGUAAAGUUUCAAAGGUUUCCAAAACCAUAUCGCAAGUGAGAAUUAUGAACGUGUAGACAGAGCGUCGGACUGUUGUACGCAGUCCUGCGCCGUCGUCAGUGCUUCAACUGAGAACCAGAGGGAGCCGUCUUUUGUGAACAAGAGGUAGUGAGUGACUACAGGGGUUCUAUGCAAUAAUCUUCAAUCUUAAAAUAAAUGUAUGUUGCAGAGCUGCAUCGCACUGCAGAGGUACUGUGGUGUCCAGAACUGGACAGCUGUCAAAUUUUUCCAAUACAGGAUGUUGAUGAUUGCUAGGCCUAUACUGUUUUAGCGCAGAUCAUACGCUAAAUAUACAAAAGUAUGUGGACAACCCUUCAAAUUAGUGGAUUCGGCUAUUUCAGCCACACCCGUUUGCGACAGGUCUAUAAAAUCGAGCACACAGCCAUGAAAUCUCCAUAGACAAACAUUGGCAGUAGAAUGGCUUUACUGAAGAACUCAGUGACUUUCAACGUGGCACCGUCAUAGGAUGCCACCUUUCCAACAAGUCAGUUUGUCACAUUUCUGCCCUGCUAGAGCUGCCCCGGUCAACUGUAAGUGCUGUUAUUGUGAAGUGGAAACGUCUAGGAGCAACAACGGCUCAGCCGUGAAGUGGUAGGCCACACAAGCUCACAGAACGGGACCACCGAGUACUGAAGCGCACAGAGCAUAAAAAUCGUCUGUCCUCUGUUGUAACACCCACUACCGAGUACCAACCUGCCUCUGGAAAGAAGGUCAGUGCAUGAACUGUUCAUCGGGAGCUUAAUGAAAUGGGUUUCCAUGGUGAGCAGCCACACAAGCCUAAGAUCACCAUGUGCAAUGCCAAGCGUUGGCUGGCGUGGUGUAAAGCUCACUGCCAUUUUUUCAUGGUUCGGGCUAGGCCCCUUAGUUCCAGUGAAGGGGAAUCUUAACUCUACAGCAUACAAUGACAUACUAGACGAUUCUGUGCUUCCAACUUUGUGGCAACAGUUUGGGGAAGGCCCUUUCCUGUUUUAGCAUGACAUUUCCCCCGUGCACAAACUGAAGUCCAUACAGAACAGGUUUGUCAAUAUCUGGUGUGGAAGAACUUGACUGGCCUGCACAGAGCCCUGGCCUCAACCCCAUCAAACACCUUUGGGAUGAAUUGGAACGCCGACUGCGAUCCAGGGCUAAUCGCCCAACAUUAGUGCCCGACCUCACUAAUGCUCUUGUGGCUGAAUGGAAGCAAGUCCCUGCAGCAAUGUUCCAACAUCUAGUGGUAAGCCUUCCCAGAAGAGUGGCGGCUGUUUUAGCAGCAAAGGGGGCACCAACUCCAUAUUUAGGCCCAUGAUUUUGGAAUGAGAUGUUGGUCGAGCAUACUUUUGGCCAUGUAGUGUACACAUAUUAGAUAAGAUACAGGCCUGUCUAACCCUGAUCUGCAUUAGUGUCUAAUUAUACCAACCCAGAGAAGAUGAAUAGAAGAGAGAUAUAGAUAGAGAAGGCAAAGGAAGAGAAGAGAUAGGAGGAGAAUCGAGGAGAUAAGAGAGAGAGCGAGAUAAGAUAGAUGCGAAGAUAUAUUAUAUCUAUAGACUAGAUAUUCUCUCUAUCUCUCCUUCGUCAUCUCUCUCUCUCUUCUCGUCUCUCUCUCUCUCUCUUCUCUCUCCUCGCUCUGUCUCUCUCUCUCUCUCUCUCUCUCUCUCUCUCUGUCUCUCUCUCUCUCUCUCUCUCUCUGUCUCUCUCUGUCUCUCUCUCUCUCUCUCUGUCUCUGUCUCUCUCUCUCUCUCUGUCUCUCUGUCUCUCUCUCUCUCUCUCUCUGCUCUCUCGCUCUCUCGCUCUCUCGCUCUCUCGCUCUCUCGCUCUCUCGCUCUCUCUCUCUCUCUAGGCAUAUCUGCACCAGUAGUCUACUUUGUAGACUACACCUCCCACUGCAUAUUCCUUGAAGACAUCGUUGGCUCCAUCACAGUGCGAGACCACAUUGCCUCCACCCAGAAAAGCCCAGAGGAACGCCUGGACCAGCUCGCAAAGAAGAUGGGUCAGAUUCUGGCCAAAAUGCAUGAUGAGGACGUUGUCCAUGGAGACUUGACCACGUCCAACAUGCUGUUGAAGGCGGGCGCUGAGAGUGGAGAGAUGGAGCUGGUCCUCAUUGACUUUGGCCUGAGCUACAUAUCGUCGCUGCCCGAGGACAAGGGAGUGGACAUGUACGUGCUGGAGAAAGCUUUCCUCAGCACCCACCCCAACACUGAGGCUCUGUUCGAGAAGCUGCUGAAGGCCUAUGCAGCCUCGUCCAAGAAGUCCCAUGCUGUCAUCAAAAAGCUUGACGAAGUUCGGUUGAGAGGGAGAAAGAGGUCGAUGGUUGGUUGAGAGGGAGAAAGAGGUCGAUGGUUGGUUGAGAGGGAGAAAGAGGUCGAUGGUUGGUUGAGAGGGAGAAAGAGGUCGAUGGUUGGUUGAGAGGGAGAAAGAGGUCGAUGGUCGGUUAAAGGUAACCUACGAGAUCAUUUGUGCAAAUGCAUUUACAAGGACAUGCCCUGCUUGGCACUGAUUUGUUAAAAGUUCUAUUUGAUAUUUGUAUGGAAGCAUAUCGGUAUAGAGACUGUCAGUGCCACAAUGUUACGUUACUACAAAUAGUUAUUUUGAAAUAAAAUACUGUUCGCUUUAUUGGUUUUGUGUUUGUUUGUGUUUUUUCUUUCACUGUUUAUUUCAGUGUGUUGAGAAUGUAGAAUGCGGUUCCUCAAUCAGCCCCACACGGUGUCAGGCAAUGAUUUUCAGUUCUAUUUCUAUUGGACCUUUCUGACGCACACAACCACAAUAUUCACUGUUAAGUAACCAAGUCCAUAUUUGGUAACUUAUGAGCUUUCCUGUGACUCAAUUGGAGCAUGGGAACGCACAUGACUGAGAUCCGUGUCGAAGUUUACUUUCAGAAUUGCUCUCCAGUCCCAAUGCACCUGCCACAGUAAAAAAUCCAAGGUGACUACCAAUGAAUAGCAGCUGGGAUAUUAAACAUGUCAUUACGAUUAUGCUCAUUAUUUUGCAUUGUAAAGGUAAGACGAAAAACUGUCCAGUGUUUUGAUUGUCUUUGUAGUGUAACUACAGGUUUCUUAGGAGUAGUGGGACAAAGGUCAAAGUCAGUCCUAGAAGCGAACAACAGUAUUUGCCUUGGCUACAAAACAAGUUAUUCUCAAUUUUUUCACAUGUAAUCCCGAUGCAUUACUACAUUUAUGGGAAGAUAUCCUACAGUAGCUCUUUAUGCUAUGCAUGUUUUUUAUGUAACAGCAGAGAAUAGUUGUCCGUUUUGAUAAUGGGGCAUCGUGGUUAGAGAGGCGGGCUGUUAACCGGAGGAUUGCCAGGUCGAACCCUUGAGCUGCCUGUGGGGAAAUAUGCAAGGAGUGAUCUGGCAGCCGUAGGAUUGCCAGCUUUAAUAUCCCUGUAUACUACCUACCGCCCUUGAGCAAGGCACUUUACCCCUAAGUGCUCCCAGGGGUGCUGCUUCCAGUGUGUUAGGUUGGGUACCGUGACAGCAAAAAAGAAAUAUCUGUGCAAAUUGACCAAUAAAGUAUUGUAUCCUAUGUAUUGAUUGUGAAUCAGGGUGAUAUCAUUAAAUACAUGCAAGCUACAUGCUGCAGUCAUGUGCAAUAUUAAAAUACAGCAGCAAGGCACUCAACCCCAAACUCUCAUGACUGAGAUAAAAAGAUAUCACCUAAACUGGUUUGUGUUUUGGACUUUUUAGGUGCAAAUGCCGAGUCUACAAAGAAGAUCGCCAUUUUAGCUGGCACGGACGUUACCUUAAACUGCUUUUUCAACAAUCCUGAACAUGUACCGCUGAAGAAAAUCACGGUUGAGUGGGGGAUCAUGGUGGAUAAAGAGACCAUAAAGCACCUAGUAUAUACGUUCCAGAACGAGAGCGGCAAGGUGCAUCGUGAAGGGUCCCAAGUCGACCAAACAGGGUUGCUUCAGGGCAAUGCCUCCCUUCAUUUGUUCAACGUGACUGUGGCUGAUGAGGGACUCUACCGCUGCAGAGUGAUCAUCACUCCCAACAUAUACAAAGUCUCCUCUCAGCUGGAAGUAUCAGGUGCUGUCUGAUAUGCUAUAUGUGCCCCUUCUUUUGUACGUUUUAUCACCAGAACAUUUUAGCCCAGCGGGAAAUGAAGCCAUGAUAUGCAGUGGAGGCUGUUGAAAAGAGGACGGCUCAUAGUAAUGACUGGAAUGGAGUGUGUUUGAUACUGUUCCAGUCAUUACAAUGAGCCGGUCCUCCAAUUUUAAAGUGACACCAUCCUCCACUGAUACUACGAUAGUAUUGAUAUUGCUGUGAAAGUUUAGAAAAGGCCUCCAGUAGUAUCCUAAUGGGUGUAUCUUAUUGUUUAAAUAAUGACAUGGCUUUACCUUACACCCACUCAGGCUUAGUUCACAACUUCACACACAGGCUUUGUUCACAACUUCACACACAGGCUUAGUUCACAACUUCACACUCAGGCUUAGUUCACAACAAGCCUGAGUUCACAACUUCACACUCCGGCUUAGUUCACAACUUGACACUCAGGCUGUGUGUACAAUGUAUUUGAUUGUGUGUGAACUAGGAUACAGUGAGGGAAAUGAAUUCACUCUCUUUCCUCCAUCUUUUCCCUACAGCCAGACCCUCAGUGUCCCUCCCAGAGACAGCCACGGUGAUGGAGGGGGAGGAAAGGACAUUGAUGUGUGACAUCAUGGGAUUCUACCCAGAGAAUCUGGCCGUGACCUGGCUGAUCCAAAAUGGCUCCCGGGUGGCCCGUGGGAGCAUGGCUCGCGGGACCGUCUCGCGUGACGUGUGCACCGGAAUGGCUGUGCCCAAUCCAGACGGCACCUACAGUGUCAGCAGUCGCAUCACUGUCCAGGCUACAACCGUAGGGAGCGGAGGAGCCAUGUACAUCUGUCACAUCGAACAUAGGUCCUACCCUGAUGGGAAAUACAGCAAAAGCAUUUUGUUGACCGUGCAAGGUGGGAAGCCAAUACACCGCUCUCCUAUUCACUUCAUAUUGGGAUUCAUAACAAAUUAUACUGUAUUGUCCCCAUGGGAAAAUGUUGCUUGCAGCUCUGUGCAGAAAUUAAAAGAUGUCAUUAAGCAUACAGACAAAUACAGAUAAUAAAUACAAUGAGAAUAGAACAAAUGCAAUUGGGUGAUUUUAAAAAUGAUUCAACUGAACACUACUAUACACAGUGUAUUUCAAUGGACUGAAAGUCAAUUUCAGUGUAUUUAUAGUGUAUUUCAUCAGCUAAUCAACAUGUACUUAUAACUCCUCUCUCAUCAGAUCCAGGGUUUAAUGCUGUAACACUGAUGGUAGUUACUAGUCUUGUUAGUGUUCUUCUGGUCUUCUCCGUCAUCGGUGGUGCAAUGGUCUUCUACAGGUAUUUUUUCACAGGUACGUUGACAUCCAAGAAGUGAUUAGUACAGUGAGGGAAUUAAGAAUUUGAUCCCCUGCUGAUUUUGUACGUUUGCCCACUGACAAAGAAAUGAUCAGUCUAUAAUUUUAAUGGUAGGUUUAUUUGAACAGUGAGAGACAGAAUAACAACAAAAAAAUCCAGAAAAACGCAUGUCAAAAAUGUUAUAAAUUGAUUUGCAUUUUAAUGAGGGAAAUAAGUAUUUGACCCCCUCUCAAUCAGAAAGAUUUCUGGCUCCCAGGUAUCUUUUAUACAUGUAACGAGCUGAGAUUAGGAGCACACUCUUAAAGGGAGUGCUCCUAAUCUCAGUUUGUUACCUGUAUAAAAGACACCUGUCCACAGAAGCAAUCAAUCAAUCAGAUUCCAAACUCUCCAUGGCCAAGACCAAAGAGCUCUCCAAGGAUGUCAGGGACAAGAUUGUAGACCUACACAAGGCUGGAAUGGGCUUUAAGACCAUCACCAAGCAGCUUGGUGAGAAGGUGACAACAGUUGGUGCGAUUAUUCGCAAAUGGAAGAAACACAAAAUAACUGUCAAUCUCCCUCACCUUGUGGAGUUGCAAUGAUCAUGAGAACGGUGAGGAAUCAGCCCAGAACUACACGGGAGGAUCUUGUCAAUGAUCUCAAGGCAGCUGGGACCAUAGUCACCAAGAAAACAAUUGGUAACACACUACGCCGUGAAGUACUGAAAUCCUGCAGCGCCCGCAAGGUCCCCCUGCUCAAGAAAGCACAUAUACAGGGCCGUCUGAAGUUUGCCAAUGAACAUCUGAAUGAUUCAGAGGAGAACUGUGUGAAAGUGUUGUGGUCAGAUGAGACCAAAAUCGAGCUCUUUGGCAUCAACUCAACUCGCCGUGUUUGGAGGAGGAGGAAUGCUGCCUAUGACCCCAAGAACACUAUCCCCACCGUCAAACAUGGAGGUGGAAACAUUAUGCUUUGGGGGUGUUUUUCUGCUAAGGGGACAGGACAACUUCACCGCAUCAAAGGGACGAUGGACGGGGCCAUGUACCGUCAAAUCUUGGGUGAGAACCUCCUUCCCUCAGCCAGGGCAUUGAAAAUGGGUCGUGGAUGGGUAUUCCAGCAUGACAAUGACCCAAAACACACGGCCAAGGCAACAAAGGAGUGGCUCAAGAAGAAGCACAUUAAGGUCCUGGAGUGGCCUAGCCAGUCUCCAGACCUUAAUCCCAUAGAAAAUCUGUGGAGGGAGCUGAAGGUUCGAGUUGCCAAACAUCAGCCUCAAAACCUUAAUGACUUGGAGAAGAUCUGCAAAGAGGAGUGGGACAAAAUCCCUCCUGAGAUGUGUGCAAACCUGGUGGCCAACUACAAGAAACGUCUGACCUCUGUGAUUGCCAACAAGGGUUUUGCCACAAAGUACUAAGUCAUGUUUUGCAGAGGGGUCAAAAUCGUAUUUCCCUCAUGAAAAUGCAAAUCAAUUUAUAACAUUUUUGACAUGCGUUUUUCUGGAUUUUUUAGUUGUUAUUCUGUCUCUCACUGUUCAAAUAAACCUACCAUUAAAAGUAUAGACUGAUCAUGUCUUUGUCAGUGGGCAAAUGUACAAAAUCAGCAGGGGAUCAAAUACUUUUUUCCCUCACUGUAGAUUCAGGUGUGUUCUGUUGUGCUGGGGUAGAACCAAAGCCUGCACACCUUGUAGCAUGGUGACUACGACGUAGCAUGGUGACUACUGAUGUUGCAUGGUGAAAACUGAUGUAGCAUGGUGACUACUGAUGUAGCAUGGUGACUACUGAUGUAGCAUGGUGACUACUGACAGCAUGGUGACUACUGACAGCAUGGUGAAAACUGAAGUAGCAUGGUGACUACUGAUGUAGCAUGGUGACUACUGAUGUAGCAUGGUGACUACUGACAGCAUGGUGAAAACUGAAGUAGCAUGGUGACUACUGAUGUAGCAUGGUGACUACUGAUGUAGCAUGGUGACUACUGACAGCAUGGUGACUACUGACAGCAUGGUGAAAACUGAAGUAGCAUGGUGACUACUGAUGUAGCAUGGUGACUACUGACAGCAUGGUGACUACUGACAGCAUGGUGAAAACUGAUGUAGCAUGGUGACUACUGAUGUAGCAUGGUGACUACUGAUGUAGCAUGGUGAAAACUGAAGUAGCAUGGUGACUACUGAUGUAGCAUGGUGACUACUGACAGCAUGGUGACUACUGACAGCAUGGUGACUACUGACAGCAUGGUGAAAACUGAAGUAGCAUGGUGACUACUGAUGUAGCAUGGUGACUACUGACAGCAUGGUGACUACUGACAGCAUGGUGAAAACUGAUGUAGCAUGGUGACUACUGAUGUAGCAUGGUGACUACUGAUGUAGCAUGGUGAAAACUGAAGUAGCAUGGUGACUACUGAUGUAGCAUGGUGACUACUGAUGUAGCAUGGUGACUACUGACAGCAUGGUGACUACUGACAGCAUGGUGAAAACUGAAGUAGCAUGGUGACUACUGAUGUAGCAUGGUGACUACUGACAGCAUGGUGACUACUGACAGCAUGGUGAAAACUGAUGUAGCAUGGUGACUACUGAUGUAGCAUGGUGACUACUGAUGUAGCAUGGUGAAAACUGAAGUAGCAUGGUGACUACUGAUGUAGCAUGGUGACUACUGAUGUAGCAUGGUGACUACUGACAGCAUGGUGAAAACUGAAGUAGCAUGCUGACUACCGAUGUACAUGAUCAUUGUCAUAAUGUUUGUGUAUUUUUCCUCAGUUCCACCCAGCAUCUCUGACAUCAUCAAACCCACCAUAAUUUACGCCAUGAAGCCGACCAACUUAAAAUGCAUCAUUAAAAGAGUACGAGUGAGAGAGCUCAAAGUGAAAUGGUACAAGAUAACAGCCAAUACGGACUGUACCGCAGCAUCCAACAGUCAAUCAAUGGCGCUGUUGAGCCACAAGGACAUGAGUGACCAGGCUAACAUCCACUCUGAGGGCGUGGAUCACGUGUCCACCCUGUCCAUCUGUCUGUCAGUCAGUGAGGACCAGGCUAAGUACCUGUGUGUUGUGCUCUACAGAGGCAGGAAGAUCACCAGAGAGACCACUGUGAGUGUAAAAGGUAAUGUAAUAAUGUCAUGGAAUAACUAUAAUAAUGUAAUAAGGUAAUGUAACCAGUACAGUCAUGCGGAACUAUUCUGUGUUCAAAGUCAGGUAGUAGUCCGAGCUUGAAGUGGGUCUUGAGAGCAAUAUAAAUGAGUGGACGUAUUAAUAUUUUUCCUCAUCAAUCGAGUAGAAUUGAAUACACUGUCAGUCAUAAAACACAACCAAAAAUGACAGCAAAGUCCAUCCAACUGAAUCUGUACCAAUAUCUAGAAAUGUGCCACUUUUGACUUAACACGCUGUUCUCUUUACAUUUUCCCCAGUGACUCCAUCAUUCUUUCACAUCUCCAGCAUGCCUCAGAUCCCAGAGGUGGAGAGGUUGCUGGUGCUAUGCUGUCGGGUCGAGAAGUUCUACCCAGACGACCUCCAUCUCGAGUGGUUGAGAAACGACGGGGAGCAGGUGAGGACAGCCACUAACUAUGGACCGUUCUCUGACCACGAGCGCAUGUACAGCAUGUGGAGUAAGAUUGAACUGACCGUGGCUCAGGAAGACGAGAGGGCGGUCUACACAUGCCGCUUGUAUCACUCCAGUUUCCCCGGGCCGGGAUACAAAGACGUUCUCUAUCAUAUCAACACACAAGGUAACUAAUCAAAGACGUGUUCAUUUUAGCACAGGGGUCACAAACUCGUUUUGUCUUGGGGCCACCAGUUUGAGACCUCUGUUUUAUUUACGUGUUUACACAAAUGUAUUCUGUCAAUCAAAGCUAGGCUAUAUGGUGGUAAUUGUCAUAAUGUGUAGAUUAAAUGCAAAUUUACAUCCUGGAAAUUGAAUUAUAUUUGUUGGUUUUCAUAAUUUUGCUCAAAAUGCAUCGACAAAAUAUAACUGAUGGAGCUGAUAUUCAAGAUAGUCUUCCCCUGAUAAGUUGAUAGUGUCUUCUGAUAACUUUUUUGCACAAACGUAAUGUGCGUGCGUCAUCAUUUUAUAUUCAUUAGGGCUUGUCAUAGCAAAACGUUUUUGCAACUGAAAAUUUAAAUGAUUAUUUCUUAUUGGGCAAGUCCAGGUACUCCCUCCCUGUUUCAGGCAAUGUUCUUCAAUUUGAUGCCCAAUGAAUAGGACCCAUGUGUCUUCUUCACUAGGUACUCCUCCAAGCGUGAUGUUCAUCAAGUGUGAGCCACUACUCCCUCUCCCAGAUGAGGAGUGCACGCUCAACCUCUGCAUCAAAGACUUCUGUCCCGAACAAGUGUCUGUCACGUGGUUUAAGGAUGGACAGGGGGUCCCCACCCGCCAGGUCUUCAACUCCCCACCCAGCCUCAACAUCAACGGCCUCUACUCUAUGUGGAGCUUCCUCAAACUGAGCCCCACCACAGAGGACUACGGCUCAGAGUUCAGGUGCCGGGUGGUCCACAUUGCACAGAAGGAACUGGAGGAGAGGGUGUUCACACUGUCAGAUCUCAUAGUCACCUAG